AUGGCACCCAAGAGACCGCCGACAACGUCGCCAGAAAAAUCAUCGUUGCAAGUGACUAGAAGAUGUCAUGCGGUUGCAUCACUGACAAAGGAUCCCAGAAUGCACACUGAGCAGACGAACAUGUCUGCUCCGACACAGCCUGCUCCGUCGAAGCCAAAGCCAGAAACCAAGAAGGGAGGUGGCAUCGCCAACUUCAUCGUCAACAAUGAAAACUCGGUCAUGAGCGUCGAGCAUCAACCGGGACAAACACCGUUCGACAACAGUGGUCUGCUUCCGCAAUGGAAAGUGGAGAGUUUAAAAAAAACCGCGAACAAAAUUUCAGGGCCUUGCAUCAGCUUCAUCGAGUCUGCCCGAAACCCAAGGCCUACUACUGUCACGUCUUUCUUCCCAGCACUGGGGGAAUCAGAGUCACAGAAUGCCCAAUCAGAUAUGGAACACAGCAUGCAAAUGCUUUUGUCUCCGCGACUGGAUGAGUCGGCAGCAAUGCUUGAAACUUCCCGUGAGCAGAUGCAUGGAGACUUACAGGUCACCCACUCCGCUCCUGAGGGCACAAAUGAACAGAUUCGCUCAGAAAACGGACAAGACCCAGAUGCUCGUUUCCAAAGAUUUCCCGCCAGUGAUUUAUAUGCCGAGCCUACGCCGUCGGCUGAGGAUAUUAAGAGGACUAAAGCUGGUAAAGCUCCUGUAGUCGCGGUACCAAAAGCCAUGAGAGACGCUUCGUCGCAAACUGAAGCUUUCGCAUCAAGUGCUCGCUCGCAACCUAGCCUUCAACCUGUUGGGGGACAAGCGCCAUACAACCUUUCAGCAGGAGCUGCUCCAGACCACAAAGUUGUGGAUUUACACAGGCCCAUCACCAAUCGCAUGACUGAGCAAGAAUCUCGAAUGAAAGCCUUCAGCCUUCUGUGCAACAUGCCAGCUGAGUUGGUCCAAGAAAUUAUUUGCGGAAAUGUCGCACAUGCUUCACUAGCCGGCAACAACAAGAUCCAGCAGCUGUUUCACCCAAACAGUGCCUGGAUGGGAAAUUAUUCCGCGCAGGUUCCAUAUAUAUACAUGCGAGCGUUCUGCGAUACCAGAACAGGUAGAUCGCUCACUCUCAACGAGCUGAAACAAGUCCUGCAUUGGCAGUCGCUGUAUGCAAAGGAGCAUCUCACAGAUAGAGAAAUCGAUCUCGUCUUUGCCGUCGAGGAACAGUAUGCUCAUACAGAGAGCAAAAUCAGGCAUGCGAAAGAAGGAUGCAGAAAAUUCCUCAACAGAAAGUUUGCAGAUGAAGACGCGAGCAACCGUACCCGUCAGGUGUUGGUCUUUUGCAACGCAUGCCAGGAAUGGCUGGAGCCUCUUCCGCCACUUGUUGGCGAUACACCGCUGGCUGUUCCACUGUCGUAUGUUGGGUUUGCCAUGAACUCUCAAAAAAGCAAAGCCCAGCUUGAAAGGACCCACAAUCCUGGUUCGAGUUGGUUCAUGAGCCUCUUCCUAGCGACAUGUGAAGCUGUGCUGGGCGACGGCAAUGAGAUAUGGGGCUUUCGCUCGUUUGUCCUUUGUUAUUGUGUAGAGGACGAAGGGGCAUAUGUAGGAAAAGCACUCUUGACUGUUCUCCUCGCAGCGUGGUACCGCUCAGACACUGGUUUUGGGGUUUACCCUCCCGGAGAGAACACAUUUAGUGUUGAGUUUCGCACAACACCGCACUUGGAAGUGCAACGUCUAUGGCAUACUUUCAGGGAACUCCGCGAACAACAUACGCCGUACCAGGAAAACCUGGACCUGGAGUACCCUAAGAUAGAGGCGUUCAUUGAGAAGAAAAAACAACGUGCUGCUUCAGCGAAGGCAAAGCACCCAGACCCAAGGGCAGAAGCUCAAGCGAUAUGCCAGUCCAUCAAUGAUGAGGAGCAAGAGACGCGUCGCAGAAUAUAA